AGCCAUUUUCGAGCCAAGCACAUGUUUGGCCCUUUUGCAUGAAAGAUAGCUGCCGUCCACAAAUGGUUCAGGUUAUGUCAGAGAGAUGUCAGGAGCCCCUCGUGGCGUGGCUCCUGGGUGCUGUACUGGCCUCUCAGCCCACCGACCUCGUUAGCCGAGCUCAGGCCGCGAGAUGGAGGCGGACUCGGUCGGUCGCCAAGGACCCACUCAGAGUCGGCGACGGAACCAGCAGCCUAUAGGUUCCACUGCUGCGCCGUCUGUCCUUGGGAGGCAGAAGCGCACCUUCUCCAUUGCCAGAUCGAUCUCCGAAGGAUCGACAUGAAGGACUCGGACACAUCUACCAUCAUAUGCCUGGAGGAUGCGGCGUUGGCCUUCUCUCUGGCCGAGUUCGCCCGGGCGAAGGAACAGGAGAUCCAAAUGGAUUUUAGAUGGCGUGUCAACAGCUUUGACAUCGAACUGAGACUCCAACCACAGCGCGGCAGCGGUUGUCAGCGUGGGCGGUCCAGCGCAUGAGGUGUUCGACUUCAAGGCACCUGAAGAGUUGCCCCAGGAGCUCUGCCUUCGGAGCUUCGUGGUGCCUUCGACUUCGUUUUAAUCGAUCCGCCCUUCAUCACACGCGAGGUGGCGAUCGGCGAUUGGUUUCUGGCGCCCAACGGCAGUUUCAACUUGAAAGGCUUGGGCCACACCUCCAUGGAGUGUUGCUUCCCUGUUUGACCCUGCAUGCCAUAGAAGGAGGCUUGAGCUCCACGGAGAAGGACUCACUGGCCUCCAAGAGGGAUCUAUGUCACCGAGAAAGAGGACGUGGAGGGAUCUGGGUCAACGCAGAGAAGCACUUGCAGAUCUUGGUGCAUCAAUCUGCAGAAGGAGAGCUGCAGCACAAGGCUUUCGAAGAUGAUUGACGCCAUCAAGUCCGACGAUGGUCACUGCUCCCUCCAGGAUCAGAGAUCAACGAAACUGGGCCCCAAGCACUGCAAGGCUGCUUCGAACAAGAGAUUGGAUCUUCUCAGGCACCCAUCGCGUGCCUCCAAGGCCACAGCGGGUUGCCUGCGGUAAGCUGGCUUCCAAACCGAGCCUUCUUGCUCAGAGCGUGCCUGUCUGGUCCUGCUGCAGCUCUCCUUGCUUCAUGGCAGGGGCUCCUGUGCACCACCGUUUGCAGGUGCUGGAGCUGUCAUCAGAGCUCCAAACCACCGAGCUGCGGUGGUUAAUGGGUCGCAUGGCGGACGCUGAGGUAGCCCGCAGCGAGAGCAGCCUCACAAAAUCCCAGAAGAACAACCAGAAGAAGAAACUCCGCAAGGAGAAAAGAAGGCGCAGGCCGGCGCAUAGGCCGCUUCGGCGUGGUAGUGCGCAGCGAGUUCGGGCCACCACAACUGCUGCAGAUGGCCCACCAAGCGACGGUGGAUGAUUUGAAGGCCUGGAGCUCGUUGAGCAGUGAAUGCACGUAGCUCUGCGGCCAAAGUUUUCUGAGCAGUUACUGUCAUGUUAUCUCCAACCCUCGGUCGCUCCUUUGUUCAUAUGUUACCUUUGCGAUGGAGAGAGGUUGUGAAUUCAGGUUAGGUAUGAACAUGUUUCUUGAUCGUGGCCAAUCCCAAGGGUCAGGUUGCAUUUUGAAGACUUUGGCGCUCGCAGACAAUUCAGAGAUCCAAGAUCGUCUUUUCGCGAGUGAUGACUUGUCCAAUGUGACGGCGUGAGGACACGUUAUUCGGCAUUCUUCGCGGUUCACCGAAGAUCGAAAGGAGCAGAUACCCCGUGGGACCAACAGUUUCAUACAAUUUCCAUCAUGAAAAGGGUGUGUUUGUGUGUGUGGUAUAUGCUCAUAUUCAGCAUGUAUUUGUUCAAUCUGUAACUGCUGCUGUUCACACAGGAAGUGAUUAUCUUUGUUCACUGGUGGGAGCCCUUUUUCCUUCUGCAGAAGAGUUCCAUGAUGUACAUUCAGGACCGAGAACAAAGCGAGCCACCUGUAGCUGGACAUGCGCAUGUAUCUUGGUUAGGGUUCGUCUCCUGGCUUAACAGAGUUGGGGCAUGGAUGUUCUUCCGAUGCGGACUCCUCAGAUGGACGGCUUCGAGAAUUGAAGAGCGACACCAGGCUUGAGAAGCCAGAGAAAUGGACAAGUCUCACUAUGAAGUUCUUCAGUCCACAGCUUAGCGACUAGCUGAGGCUCGGUACCGCCGCCGAACUGAGCGACGUUGGUUGGAAAAACAUAUUUGCGCCGAACCGUUGUUUGUUUUUGUUUUCGGUCGUUUCUAAUCUCAGGAUGCAAUGGGAUGUGACUUGUGUUUGCCUUCCUCGGACCAUAGCCACUCAACCUGUUGUUUUUGCAUUAAUAAAAUGUUGAAGCCUCACCAGUAUACAUCCGGUUUGAAGUUAUCUUUUCUGUGCCUUUUCAGAGUGGGUUUGAACAUUUUGAAAAACCAUUCCCGACCAAGAGAGUCCUGACGUAUCUGACAAAGGCAGUAGCAUUCUUUCCCCCAGAGCGUGGCAUUGCCAUCUAGACAAACACGCUCUUCUUUGAGAAUGUUAUCAUCAUCCCGACAUUCUUCCCUUUGCCAGAUGAUUGGUUGUGUCUCCUGGCUCCAAUGUGGCUAUGUUUGGAUGGAAACCUUUUGUUCACCCCUCCUCAAAUCUGUCUCUCAGCGUGUCGGUGGUCAGAGUGUCGGUGUGAGGCCGCUUGGGGUCCAAACUCGGAGCUGAACGCGUCGGAUUGGCAGCGGAUCAGCAGAGGUGGUCAUCACGAUUCCUCAGAGUUUCGGUUACAAACCUGCUUUUCGGGACUGGUUGAAUUGGUUGCAGUGUUGCUGGUGGUUGGGAGGGAGCGAUUCAGAGCGGGGGUACAGGGAGUUUCCUAAUCACUUGCUCACUGGGGUUUGGUCCCGAAACUGCUGAGGCCUCGGUGGGUUUGCUGGAGGGGCAUGAGAGAAAACAAGCUGAGUUGUGUUGACCCGAGCGGGUUUGACAUUUACAUGGAGACUGUGCAUGAUUACUGUUUGUUUUGAGGUCUAUUGGGGGCACGAACGACUGCUAGUCGAAUUCCAGAGAACGGCUGGUGCUCGCAUGGGACACGCAAGACCCUAAAUUUGAAGUAUGUGACAUGUGUUCUUCUUUCUGAGAACUCUUUCAAGAGUACCACAUGGUGACCACCUGAACCAGUGAGUACUGAUUCGCAAGUUGAGAAGACUUUGGAAGAUUACAGUAAGGUGUGUCUUGAACAUUUUAACCCAAAAUAUCCCAAAGCUGGUUUGUGCUAGUUCCUGCUGCUGCACUUGUCUAGCUCAUGUCCUUCAGCUGUCCCAAAGCGCAUUGUUUUCAUUUCCGAUUCACGCUGCAGAGGGCUGUGGUGCCGGUCGCUUCCAUCCGGUAGGAAAGUCUUGAAGGCAAGAGGCCGAC